AUGGCGCUGCAGGAGUUCUGCAUGGACCAGGAGACGACUUGCACCACGCCUAAAGAUAUCUGCUCCUCCCGCCUUGAGGAGAGCACCAUGGCAAUACGGACAGAUGGACCCUACAUGCUGGCACCAGUGCUGCACCACAUCGCCAAAUCCUUCGAGACCUGGCGCCUCGUCAGCUUUGAACCCCUGCGACGCAUGCCCUGCUCAUCCCUGAUUGUUCCGGGCACUGUUACUGUGACCGUCGGAUCCUCACUCAUCCUGAGGAGUGCGGUUCAGUGUUGCCAGCAAGAUAGAUGCAAUAGCGACUCACCCACACUGUCUCCGGUCAACACCACCCGGAACGGGCUGCAGCGCCCCGUGUGCGACGUUAGGGACUCCGUGCAAUGUGAGAGUAAGGAGACCAUGCCCUGCACCGGAGCUGAGGACCAUUGUGUCAGCAUGGCUGGGAUGCUAAGAACAAAUGAAGGUUACCUUCCGGAAACACCACUCACAGUGCAAGGCUGCGCGACCAAGAGUGCAUGUGCCCUGAAGAACGGUUUCCCUGUGUUCGCUGGAUUAUUCACGUACACAGUGAGCACAGUGGAUACCUGUGCACCAGCUCAAAACAGUGCCAGCCGGAUCCCGGGGCCCAGCUCCUCUGCCUUCCUUUUCCCAGUCUCCUGCUGCUCAAAUACCUCUCCUGAUGGAUACCCCGUUUGUGUCACCCUCAGACAAUCCAGGCGCCCACUGGAUAAAAUCCUUGGGGUGGGGAGGCAGCUAGCUGGAGUCUCUCUGUGUCUUUAUUGAGGUAAAUGCACCGAAUAAAGCAGGAUCU